AUGUCUAGGUUGUACCAAAGACUAGGAAUUUUUGCUAUCGUUCUAGUUGUGACCUUGGGAUUGUAUUUGAUAAAACAAUCUGAACCGAAUGGCACGCUAAAGGAAAACGGUGCUCAUCUCUUUGAUACAGUUACACACUUAUCGCUUCAUGAUAACAAUGCAAAUGCGGGACUAGGUAAAGAUCCGGUGAAGGGAUCUGGUAAGGGAAAUAAGAAAUUACAAGACAAGCAUAAAGAGGAAUUAGAAUUGGAACCGUGUACAAUUAUGAGUCCGUUAUCGCAUCAUUUCAUUGAUUUAAGUAGUUUGUCAUCCAAGGGGAAUGAUGGUAGAGCAAUGCCUUGGUCAUCCAAGGGAUAUGAUACUGGGCUUAAUUUCACUGUUGGUGUGUGUUCGAGCCCUUUCAAGAAGACGCAUGAUACGAACGACGAAGUGAAGGACAUAACUAAUUCUUCAGCAGUGGGAGCAUACUACAUUGAUUCCAAGACGGGAAAAUAUGUUUCUAUUGGUGAGUAUUCCACGAAGCCUGUAGUGAGAGGCAAAAAGAUUACUUUGAGCUAUACUGGCGGCUCUUACUGUGAAAAUAUGCUCAACCAGGAAACUGGAGAAAAGGUGAGAAAAUCGACCAUACUAACGUUCACCUGCGAUCGAGAGAUGUUGGCUAAAGCAACUGUUUCGUACGUGGGUUCUUUCAAUGACUGUAGCUACAUAUUCGAAGUGAGGUCCCAUCAUGCUUGUCCUACUGCAGCCAAAGCGGAUAAUUUGGCAGUUAUUUGGAUUUUCUUCUUUAUCUUGUUGGCUGCAUUGUUAGUUUAUUUUUCGGGAGGGUUGUUAUACAAGCAAAUCAAAUUGCAGAAAAUGUAA